GUGGCGAGGGGAGAAGAAGCUGCGAGGGGCGCUCCGAUGACGUGCAACCCGUGACAGCGAGAUGGAGCUUCGACGCAGAGAUCGGUCGGCCAGGGACCUUCUUGACACCCAUCUCUAUCUCUGGCAUCGGGUCUCCUACAGGAGAGGAAGAGUGCAAGUUUUGCCUACAACACUUCAAUCAAUGCGGCCAUGGCUGAAAUGAGGGUUGCACGCUUUGUUGCGUUGGUGUGCGACCAAAACUUCGUCACUGGUGCAGCCGAGAUCGAAGUCCGCGUCACGAACGUGGCAUUCGUGCGGUGGCGGUCACGGGGGUGGUCCCUAAAUUUCUCACCACCGCUACCCGUAGGAGACGAACGGCGUUUCCUGGCAGUAAGUGUCGUGUCACGACGCGUGUGGCUUCCCCGUUAUCCUUCUUCGCUCUACGACAGACUAGGGCGCUGAUUUGGCCUCCGGCCUUCCUUCCUCUCUUCCACGGAAGACGGAAGGAUUUCCUGCCUCUUACUCGGUCGCUACAUCGAUGGCUACGACGACGGCGACGGCUUCCUCCUCCUCUGUUGCCUCCAUCUCCCGGAUCCUCCAUAGAGACUGCGGUUCUCAGUCGCGCCCCGCCUUGUACGCCAAGGGCUUCUGCCUUUCGCCAUCCCCUGCCCGUUGCAGGCCCCAGCCCCGUCGUGAACAAAAAGCAGUCUUGGUGAGUGGGUCGUCGAUGCCGAAUGGAGGAAGAGGAAGGAGCGAUGCCUCUGCUUGCUCGAUGACGUCUGCCAUCAUCCCGGUUCUGAGGAGCAGACAAGUUUUGUGCAAAGCUGAAGCAAAUGUUUCUGGGGAUAUACUGAAUAGUCCUGUGGCUGAAAUGAGCCAAUACGAGAGGAUAAUUGAGCUACUUACCACUCUUUUCCCUGUUUGGGUUAUGCUAGGCACUAUCAUUGGCAUAAACAAGCCAUCUAUGGUUACCUGGUUGGAAACAGACCUUUUCACUGUGGGCUUGGGAUUCCUAAUGCUCUCCAUGGGUUUGACCCUCACAUUUGAGGAUUUCAGGAGAUGCUUGAGGAACCCAUGGACGGUUGGUGUAGGAUUCCUUGCACAAUAUUUAAUCAAACCUAUGCUAGGCUUCACUAUUGCUAUGGCAUUAAAAUUAUCUGCUCCUCUUGCAACUGGUCUUAUUCUUGUAUCAUGUUGUCCUGGAGGCCAAGCAUCCAUUGUGGCGACUUAUAUAUCCAAAGGAAAUGUUGCACUUUCUGUCCUAAUGACAAUUUGUUCAACAAUUGGAGCUAUAGUCAUGACACCUCUUCUCACUAAGCUCCUUGCUGGUCAGCUUGUUCCCGUUGAUGCAGCUGGAUUGGCCAUUAGUACUUUUCAGGUGGUUUUGGUGCCCACUAUUGUUGGAGUACUGUCACAUGAGUAUUUUCCGAAGUUCACUGAGCGAAUGAUCACACUUACACCACUGAUCGGGGUUAUCCUGACUGCAUUGCUCUGUGCAAUCCCUAUUGGACAAGUUGCAGAAGUCUUGAAAGCUCAAGGAGCACAACUGAUUGUUCCUGUAGCUCUCCUUCAUGCUGCAGCCUUUGCUCUUGGCCAUUGGUUCUCAAGAUUGUCAUCGUUUGGGGAAUCCACUUCUCGUACCAUUUCCAUAGAAUGUGGAAUGCAGAGUUCCACACUAGGAUUUCUGCUUGCCCAAAAGCAUUUCACAAAUCCUCUUGUCGCCGCCCCUUCAGCUGUCAGCGUUGUCUUCAUGGUGCUUGGUGGGAGUGCUCUUGCUGUUUUCUGGAGGAACAAGCCGAUUCCUGCCGAUGACAAAGAUGACUUCAAAGAGUGAGGCAACUGCUUGAUUCUCGUUCUCGGUUGCCAUUAAAAGCCUGAAGCUGUUUAUUUAUAGAUGCAUAACUAGCAUCUCUGAUCCCCCUCGGAUUGUUGUUCGGUUCGUAGUAUUUGAUCAUCCUGAACUUGCAAAACUAUUAAUCUGAAUAAAUCACAGAUGGUUGCUCAUCGUA